AAGCUGCUUGAGCUGUAAAACGUAAAGGUGACUGAAAUUUCGAAAAUAAUGUUGACGACACAUCUUCCCAGAAUUAACCGAGAUGAUCUCGAGACACGGAUAAGAGAACAAACAUAUUAUUCGCGAGAGAUACUCCAGAUAUCAGCUAUCGUGAUCAGCUGUGAUCUAUCGCGCAUCUCAUCGCGCUGUUCCAUCUUUUAUCGUGCCCUUAUUCCGUGUCUCGCAGAAUGAAGAAACGACGAGUAAGCAGGAAUUUACAUGUUUCGGGCAACAACGUACGAGGAGUCGCUGCUCCUCUCCUCGUCACCGUCGUUAUCGCCGCCGUUGUCGCCGUCGUUGUGAAUCGUCGCUGAAACGCUUAGAAGAGGGGAGGACAGGGUUAAGGGACCGAACGGGUUGUUCCAACGCCGCGACUUCCACGAGGGACUUCCCGGCCGCAUUUAGUUUUUCGUUUAAAAGCGGACGCGGUACCACGAUACCUAUUCAGUUUCACAUUUGACACGCGCUGUGUGUAACAGUGUCAAUCACCAUGAGGUCGUUCUCUUACCUCAUCGUGCCUGCAUCGCGCAUCCUGAUGCUCCUCCUCGGCGUCCUCCUCGGGCACACGGUCCUCGCCUCGCCCGUUAAACGCGUAAAUUUCGCCAAUGCCACCGAGUGCCCGAGGAUCGUCAGUCGGGAGGAAUGGAAGGCCAGGAAGCGUCUGGACUUUGAGCUGCUGCCGGUGACACCGACGCCGUACGUGGUGAUCCACCAUGGCGGUAUACCUAAAUACUGCACUGACCAGGAAUCGUGCUCCGCGAUCGUUCGAUCUUACCAGAAUCUCCACUUAGAUAACCGAGGCUGGUGGGACAUCGGUUACAAUUUCCUCGUCGGCGAAGACGGGAAUGUCUACAUGGGCCGCGGUUGGGACUACGUCGGCGCCCAUGCACCUGGUUACAAUACGCAGAGCAUCGGCAUAUGCGUUCUGGGAGAUUUCAGCGACUUUCUCCCGAACGCGGCCGCCCUGAAGACGCUGAACGAGCUGAUAGCAUGCGGGGUUUCACUCGGCAAGAUAAGCGACAAGUACAACGUGAUCGGCCACCGGCAGACACGGCCAACGGAGUGUCCUGGUGAAUCCUUCUACAAGUACGUAACCGCUCUUCCCCGUUGGACUUCGAGUCCGAUACCGCACACCACCACCACCACCACCACCACUACCACGACCACGACGACGGAGGCAGCGGAACGAAAGGGCAACAACGUGGAAGAAAACGGCAAAUCCGUCGCCUCAUGAUGACUCUUGCGCUUCCUCGCUCCUCUCGCUCCUCUCGCAAAGCAAAUGACAUUUACGUUGAACAUUACUACUACUACUCAACGCAAAAAGAAGACUUGACAGACCAAGAAGGACUCGCAGUAUCACAUCGAUGAGAUCAUCCCGCUCUUGUUGCGAGACGCUCGCACCAUUUACGUAAUCAUAGCUGGUAACUUAAUAUUCCUACUUUUUUCUCUUUUUUUUCUUUAACAAGUUGCGGAUGAGCAUGCACUUGACUAAGAGAACAGUCGCAGGCUAUUCUUGUAGGAUACAAAUGUAAUUUUAGUGCGCCGACAUUUCGGUAUGCCGGAAUAUGUUGAAUAACCGCUGCUACCUCUCUCUACGCGUUCGUUACGAAAGGUCUUCUUCGCUGGGGAAACGUCCGUCGUCCUUCAGUUCGUUCGUUCGUUCGUUCGUUCGUUCGUUCUACAGAGAACGGUUCUACCGAGAACAGGCUUGUGAAGGUAGUUCCCCCAUGUCCCAGAUUCCGCCAGUGCGCCAUGUGCGCGCGCUCGACAUCGAUGACACAAAUUAGUGACUAGAGUCAAUGACGCGAAUGAGACUUAUUAAUUGACGAGGACGACGUGUACUGUCGUCGAUACUGUACGCAGUUUAUCGUAAACACCGACGAGUGCUCCCGAUUACAUCGCUGUAGUCCGACGAAGGAGAUCGAUGUACGGGUUCGCGUGCCCGAGCCGUACUUUUGCGUACGCCUAUGGAACCGCAUGGGCCCCCCGCGAGGUCACGGCCUGCGUGUUUAAUUAGUUAAUAAUGAUAAUUGAAGAUCACCGCGCGACGUGAUUCUCUCCGGCGGGAUGAAUAUCUUCACGCAUGUAGUUUUGAUAAGAUCUCUGGGCGCCAGCGCAUACAUACUUCAUAAUUAUGUAAAUGGCCUGCAAAUUACGAUCGGAACCUUUUUACGGACGCCGAAACGAUCCCGUAGCGUGUAUGUCGGCGGAAGGACGCGGAAAGUAAGACCGUACACAAUUCUCACGGAGAUCGACCGCCGAUCGACACAGAAGCAAUUUCCGAAAAUUAUACAUAUGUGCAAAUUUUCGCGGACGACGACCAGACCAGCCACCGCUGACGGUCCUCUUCGAUUCCUCCUUGUCGGCGCGGAGAGCGUUACCGAGUUAUAUUUAAACGAUUGCGAGUUAUAUUUAAACGAUUGCGAAUAGCAGAAUUGAAAAAAGAAAGAAAUGAAAUAUCAAAUUGUCGAUUAAUCAUAAUGAUCGAUUGCAUCUCCCGGGAGAGUCAUUAAAUAUUGCGGGAGUCCAAUCGACAAGAUCGUCGGUAUCGCUUAAUGUAAGAUGACAUAUUCUCUACUUGGUACGUGUUCUUGUCAAGCACUCUGCGGAAAAAUGAGAGAAGAAAAUAAUCGAACUCCCCGGCGGGAGUCCCUAGCGCGUUUCGCCGGUCGUGCGAGUCAACUCGAACGGUCGGCUUCGAUCAUCGUGAACAUUGAACAUUGAAACGAUGCGUAUUUAUCGAUUAAUUCCAAAUAACGAUCGACUAAUCGGCACGCAUGAUCGACUUUUCAAUGUUCCUGAAAGAGUCUGUUCCUUUUAAACAGUACAAACGAGUAGUUAGUGACGUUGCGUCGCAAUUAUUUGUAUUUAUCGUUUUCGUCCAUUAAAGUAGAAUUAGACAGUGUUCCAUCUAUGUAUAUAAUAUUUAUGUAUAUCAUUUGACAAUGAA